AUGUCGUGGCUGCUGGCCAGCCUUGCGCGUGGCAGCGCGACUGGCGACAUCGAUGGGAUCAACAAUGUCGCGAACAGCACCGCCAGCCGUAGCCUUGGCAGCCUCACCUUUGCGGUUGGAGCUGCCAGCACUCCCGCGCCGAGCCUGCGUGGAUCGUCCACCGACGCGCAGCGAAGCUGCGCCUUCUGGGACCUCUUGGACAUCAAGGGCAGCGUGUGCCCGCAGCAGUGGCAGGGCCAGUACGCCGGGACCCCCUCGUGCAAGAAGUCGUGCUGGGAGGGAGAGGACUGCGGGUGGAAGUGCGACCUGACGGACGGCACCAAGGCCAGCGUCGACAUGCAGGCGUACGUCCACGCGUCUCACGGAGAGGGCUACUGCGCUCGGAACCCGUCCAACGACCCGUGCCUCGGCUGGGCGAUGGCGUCUGCUUCCCUGCAGUCCACCGACGCGCAGCGAAGCUGCGCCUUCUGGGAUGGCUUGGACAUCAAGGGCAGCGUGUGCCCGCAGCAGUGGCAGGGCCAGUACGCCGGGACUGCCUCGUGCAAGUCGUGCUGGGAGGGAGAGGACUGCGGGUGGACUUGCGACUUGACGGACGGCACCAAGGCCAGCGUCGACCUGCAGGCGUACGUCCACGCGUCUCACGGAGAGGGCUACUGCGCUCGGAACUCGCCCAACGACCCGUGCCUCGGCUGGCAGGUGUUCGGCGAUGGCUGCACCGAUUGUGCAGCCAACGGCAUGAGGGGCGCGGAGGCGCACCAAUCUUAUAUCGUCUAUUCGGACAACUGCCAGGCCUACGCUCAGGCAUUGGAAGGUGUUAUGACAAUUGUAAUGGGAGAUUUUAGCUUGCUACCUGUCUGCGUCGCAUUGUUCAUGUUUGCGCUCUGGUUCGUGUUCUUCUUCGGUGUGACACCGAGGGUGCAGCAGGGCGAUGGCGCGUUCCACGAGCCCCUCGUUCCGCCAAUGGCCGCGCAUCCAGAGGAGGAGAAUCUCAAGUGCGUUGUGAUGAGCAAAGCAAUGUUCUGGAUGGUUAACUUCUACGUGAUCGCGUAUCCCAUCGUGGCCGUCCUCUACUGCAGGCUGCCUGACGUCCGUGCGGACAUGCAUAGGCGGAACCACAAGAUAAAGAUCAUGGAGUUCUUGCUGUCGCUUUUCUGGAGCAUGGCGUUCUCACACCUGCUGUACAAGUGCAUCGUGGAGAGGAUGAAGGAUGCGCAAGGCCAGGGAUACCAACCUAUCAUCGAUGAGUCGAGCAUUGAGCCCCCGCCCGAGAUGCCGGAGGUGAACGACCUGGCCUCGCUGCUGAAGGCCCAGUAUACAGACUUCGACAGCAUCAAGCCGCUCUUCCGCGAGGCGUUGCAGGUGCGCCGCGAGGUCCUCGGCGACCGGCACCCCGACACGCUCACCUCGGUGAACAACCUGGCCUCGCUGCUGCAGGCCCAGGGGAACCUCGCCAGCGCCGAGCCGCUCUUCCGCGAGGCGUUGCAGGCACGCCGCGAGGUCCUCGGCGACCGGCGCCCCGACACGCUCACCUCGGUGAACAACCUGGCCUCGCUGCUGAAGGCCCAGGGAGACCUCGCCGGCGCCGAGCCGCUCUACCGCGAGGCGUUGCAGGCGCGCCGCAAGGUCCUCGGCGACCGGCACCGCAACACGCUCGCCUCGGUGAACAACUUAGCCUCGCUGCUGAAGGCCCAGGGGGACCUCGCCGGCGCCGAGCCGCUCUACCGCGAGGCGUUGCAGGCAAGCCGCGAGGUCCUCGGAGACUGGCACCCCGACACGCUCAUCUUGGUGAACAACCUGGCCUCGCUGCUGAGACCCCCGGGGAACCUCGCCGGCGCCGAGCCGCUCUACCGCGAGACGUUGCAGGCGCGCCGCGAGGUCCUCGACGCGCUCGCCUCGGUGAACAACCAGGCCUCGCUGCUGAAGGCCCAGGGGGACCUCGCCUGCGCCGAGCCGCUCUACCACGAGGACCUGGGGGACCUCGCUGGCGCCGAGCCGCUCUACCGCGAGGCGUUGCAGGCAAGCCGCGAGGUCCUCGGCGCCCGGCGCCCCGACGCGCUCACCUCGGUGAACAACCUGGCCUCGCUGCUGAAGGCCCAGGGAGACCUCGCCGGCGCCGAGCCGCUCUUCCGCGACGCGCUGCAGGCAAGCCGCGAGGUCCUCGGCGCCCGGCACCCCGACACGCUCACCUCGGUGAACAACCUGGCCUCGCUGCUGAAGGCCCAGGGGGACCUCGCCGGCGCCGAGCCGCUCUACCGCGAGGCGUUGCAGGCGCGCCGCGAGGUCCUCGGCGACCGGCACCCCAACACGCUCGCCUCGGUGAACAACCUGGCCUCGCUGCUGCAUGACCAGGGGGACCUCGCCGGCGCCGUGCCGCUCUACCGCGAGGCGUUGCAGGCAAGCCGCGAGGUCCUCGGAGACCGGCACCCCGACACGCUCAUCUCGGCGUUGCAGGCGCGCCGCAAGGUCCUCGGCGCCCGGCGCCCCGACACGCUCACCUCAAUGAACGACCUGGCCUUGCUGUUGAAGGCCCAGGGGGGCCUCGCCGGCGCCGAGCCGCUCUACCGCGAGACGUUGCAGGCGCGCCGCGAGGUCCUCGGAGCCCGGCACCCCGACACGCUCACCUCAAUGAACGACCUGACCUCGCUGUUGAAGGCCCAGGGGGACCUCGCCGGCGCCGAGCCGCUCUACCGCGAGGCGUUGCAGGCGCGCCGCGAGGUCCUCGGAGACGGGCACCCCGACACGCUCGCUUCGGUGAACCACCUGGCCACGCUGCUGCAGGCCCAGGGGGACCUCGCCGGCGCCGAGCCGCUCUUCCGCGAGGCGUUGCAGGCUUCGGCGACCGGCACCCCGACAUGCUCAACUAUGUGA